GUGGGCAUUAGAGUCCCUAGGGAUUGGGGAGGUGUACCCUAGAGACAGUCCUACACAUGUAUAUGGAAACACACCCGUUAUGGAGGUACAGCUGCAUGCUGUUUAUAGUAUUUUUUAGGGUGACCAGACAGCAAGUGUGAAAAAUCAGGGGGUAGAGGGUAAUAGGACCUAUAGAAGAAAAAGACCCCCAAAUCGGGACUGUCCCUAUAAAAUCGGGACAUCUGAUCACCCUGGUAUUUUUCCUUUUGCUGUGUAAAUCACCUACAGUGCUGUGUGCAUUAUGGACAGAGAAACAUGAGACUUUUAAUAAGUCUAACUCAUGAUUCAGGUUAUGUUGUAUCUCUGUACAAGUUCAUUGAAAUUCUCCCUCCUGUCUCUCCAGAGCUAAUCCGAGGAGCAACCAAACCUGUGAACCUUACUUAGCUGGGAGAAGAGUUAGUUUUAAUGAAAUUGCUAAAGGCAAGAGUUUAAUUUGCUUGAGGUUUUGAAUGCCUAAGAAAUAGGCAGAGGAAGUUCAAGGGCCCUCUCUUGGGAAGUCUUCAGUGCAAGUGCAGGUGCCUGAAAGUGUCUUAAUGUUAGAAAUACAGUAGAACCUCAGACAUAAGAAAAACCAGAGUUACAAACUAACCAGUCAACCACACAUCUCAUUUGGAGCUGGAAGUAUGUAGUCAGACAGCAGAGAUGGCGGGGGGAGAAGAAGCAAAUACUAUACAGUACAGUAUUGUGUUAAAUGUAAACUACUAAGAAAAAGGGAAAGUCUGAAAAAAAGAUUUGACAAAGUUACUAACCACAAAGAAUUUCACAAAUCAUUCUGAUUUUUUUGAGAAGAGUUUGCACUGGGAAUCAUGAACAUCAAUGACUUUGUAAUACUGCCAGGUUCAAAGACUGGAACUUCCGUAAAAUUAAAAGUGAAAAAUGUACGAGAGCUGAAGUUGGAGAAAGUACAGUUAGAACUAGAAAACAAGGAGAUGGAGAAGAAACUACAGCAACUACAAUCUAAUAUGAGCAGAGAAAAAGAAGAGAGGAGGGAACGAUCAAGUGGCUAUCGUUGGCAAUCUGGACAGGCAGGACCACUGGGCAUUCAACCUCAAGUGUGGUCACAAAAUAAAGAAAAUGUUGUUAAGGUUUCUUCAGGAAAAGUGAAGUUGAAGAUACUCAAAGAACAGAUUCAUGAGCCAAUGAAACAGCCAUUUAUACAUAAAAUGGCAAAUGUUGCAAUCUCUGAAAAACCUAAAAUGAAGGGGAAGGCAUGUGGACAGUGUGAGGCCAAAAACGCUUUACUGGUAUGCUUAGAAUGUGGGGAAGAUUACUGUGGUAGUUGCUUUGCCAGAGUCCACCAGAAGGGGGCACUGAAGCUCCAUAGAAUGAUUCCUUUGCAGGCAAAAACCCAUGUAUCAGUUGGAAAAUUAGAAGCUACCCAUCAGUUCAUGAAAUACUUUAAUCCUGAUGAAUCCAAAGAGAAUCAUGAGCAGAAGAAAGUAAAUAGCAAGAAUCAAUUCAUGUCAGACAUUUCUUCAUCUCUGCUAAUGUCAACAGGCAAUGCUGAGGAAGUUUCCACAGUACCAACAGGGGCAGUUUUUGAGAAUCAGAAUGGUGGGUUAUUACUGUAUGGUACUUUUGAUGAGGAAGAAUCUGCAGAGUCCUUUCAAGAAGCUUUAACUCAAUGGAGAAAUGGAAGUCAUGAAUACACAAAGGAACAGAACUCUGAUGAGGCUCAACCAGACUCCAUGGGAGUUUGUGAGGUACAGACCCAUCUCACAAUUUUGAGAAAACCUGUUAAAAUUGAAUUCAAAGAAGAAAGCCUGAACUAUAUGGAGAAACUGUGGCUUAAGAAGCAUAGAAGAAUGCCAGUUAAUCAAAUAUCUGGUGUUCAGGCAGAUGAAUUCAGACCUAAGCAUGAACUGAUGAAUGAACCUGAUGAUGCUCUGAGUGGAGGAGGAGGAGGAGGAGAUGAUGAUGAUGAUGAUGAUUUAAUAGUUGAAGAUAUGAAAAAAUAUUGGACAGCUCUCUUUAGAGCAGAAGAGUCUUACGCGGUUCCUGAGAACCUUGGGUCUGCUUUGAAAAUUGAGGUACUCAGUGAUUCUUGUGAAGAGGACCUAGAUGAAUCAUGUAACUCUGUAGCGAUGGAAGUUGGAUCCACUAAACUGAGAAAUGAACAAAGUGAUGCAGUACCUGAAAAUCAGAAGGAUACAAUAUCAGACUUUUUACCAGAACCAGCUGCUGCUGUAACUAGCAAGACAUCUCUUAAUUCUGCUUCUACAUCUGACAAAAAAGACCUUUUUAUUCCUCACGAUAGAAGCAGUGUUCCCGUUAAAGAAAUUUCUAAAGUUUCAUCUGCAAGAACAUCUACAGUGAAUCAUGAAAGAAGUUAUACUGAUUGCAUCCAUUCUAGCACAGAAGAAACAGUUCUCAGCAGUCCUCAUGAAAGUGCUGUAACAGAAAAAGAAAGCAUUAAAACAAAGACUUAUAGAAGACCUCUUAGUGCUUGUAUGUCACCCGAGAAGACUUUUGACCUUCUUAAAUUAGGCAGCAAUGAACCUUCCCUCAUGACAAGAUCAUUGAAAAACAAUACAGAUUCAGUGGAAUUUAACAGUUUCCACACAAGCAAGAGUUUGAUUUUACCUGUAACUACAGAGGCUUCCGUGUUGUUACAGGAAGUAGCCCUAAGAGAAAAACCUACUUUGACCCAAUAUCAAGGACUUGAGGGAUUCUUUAUUUUGCAUACAAAUUCUAAGCAAGUAAGAGUUGAUUCAGUUCCUUCACCUUUCUCAGAUUGCAGCUCUACAAACAGUACUUCAGUUUCAGGAAAGGGAUAUUGGUUCAGAGACACUUGCUUAAGUGAAUAUGCUGAUGAUUCUGUAGUACAGGAUGUCUUGCAAAGUGAACUGAGCAGAUCUUCAAGUAGUUUGGAACGACAACACGUAUGUGCUGGAGUUUCAUCAUGGACAUUAAUGCACAGGUCACCCACUGAUAAUAGUUUCCAAAGACCUUUGUCAGCAAAUAUACCAUCCUCUAAAUCUAUGAAAUCUGAUGGUAUCUGCUGUACACACUCUCAGACAAGACCAAGAAAUUUAACUACUCAGCCCUUAUCUAGAGCUGCUACUGAAAUUUCAAAAAUUGAAUGCAUUGAUGUAACUGAACAAAAUGACCCUCUCUUAGAAUAUACUGCUGAUCAACAAGCCUUAGCUGGCUUGGAAAAUGAACUAAAAAGUCAUACAGAUUCUCAGGAAAAGCUUUACAGCUUUACCUCUGAAGACUUAUCCGCCUUCAGCAGACAUUCAAAGGAGAUAAGUGAAAAUAUUACAGAUUUCCAUAAUAACCUAGAAAUAAAGUACCACAGUAGAGUUGAUAUUUGUAGAGACUGUGAUGAAAGCCAUACAGAUGAGGAGGAAGAGAUUCUGAGGGACAAGCAAGAAGUUAUAGCACUACGUUGACCAACCAAAAAAAAAAAAACCCACAGCCAAAACUUGCUAGUAAUUUUUUUUUUCUUUGCAUAGCAUAAAACAGGUAGACUGUUAGAAGGCAGUACUCAGGUGUUGAAGAUGUUAGCUGCUGAAGAAUGUUGUUGCAAGUCUAUCCUACCAAUAAAACAUGUUUAAAAUUUAAAAAUCA